AUGAAGAGACACAUGAGGACACAUACAGGUGAUAAACCUUAUGAAUCAGUGUGUUGGAAGGCUUUCGCUGCAUCAUGUAACUUUAAGAAACACAUGAGGACACAUAUAGUUAUUGGUCAACUGAUGGAACAGAAAGCCUACAGAUCUUCUACAUACAUGUACCAUCAAACAUAUAGGAAAAAGGCAAUUCUUUCAUCCAGUUCACAUACUCGAAGUGUGACUCAUACUCAAAGCAAUGCUGAAAAGUUAAACUACUAUAGUGCAAAUGACAAUCAAACAGAAAUAUUAGAAAUACACACCAAUACACAUGUAAAUAAAGAGUCUCAUGAAUGUUACACCAGUAGGAAAGCUUCGACUCAAUUAGAUCAUUUUCGGAAACAAAUUUGGAAAAAUACUAAUGAUAAACUUCAUGAAUGUGUUGUGUGUGAGAAGACAUUCAGCCGAUCUAGUAACUUACGGACACAUAUGAGGAUACAUACAGGUGAUAAACCUUAUAAAUGUGACACAUGUGGAAAGGCAUUCAUAGUAUCAAGAAACCUACAAAAACACGUGAGGACACAUACUGGCGAGAAACCUUAUAAAUGUGAUGUGUGUGAGAAAGCAUUUUCUGGAUCAGAACAAUUAACGAGACACAGGUGGACACAUACUGGCGAGAAACCUUAUAAAUGUGAUGUAUGUGAGAAGGCAUUCUCUGGAUCAGGACAAAUAACGAGACACAUGAGGAUACAUACUGGUGAGAAACCUUAUAAAUGUGAUGUGUGUGAGAGGGCAUUCAAACAACUUAGUACUUUACAGGCACAUAUGAGGAUACAUACAGGUGAUAAACCGCAUAAAUGUGAUUUGUGUGGAAAGGCAUUCACUGCAUCAGGAAGCUUAAAGAAACAUAUGAGGACACAUACCGGUGAGAAACCUUAUGAGUGUGAUGUGUGUGGAAGAUCAUUUUCAGAAUCAUGUAACUUACUGAAACACAUUAAAACACAUAGUUAUGAGAAGCCUUAUGAAUGCGAGAUGUGUUGGAGAUCAUUUUCUAAUUCAUGCACCUUACAGAAACACAUCAAGACACAUACUGAUAAUAAACCUUACCAAUGUGAAUUGUGUGUAAAAGCAUUUUUUAAAAAAUCGACUUUGAAUAGUCACAUGAGGAUACACACAGGUGAUAAACCUUAUAAAUGUGAAGUGUGUGGAAAGGCUUUUUCUUCGUCAGGAAGCUUAAAGAGGCACAUGAAGAUACAUACUGGUGAAAAACCUUAUGAUUGUGGAGUGUGUGGGAUGGCAUUCACUGAAUUACAUAUCUUACGGAGUCACCUGAGGAUACACACAGGUGACAAACCUUAUAAAUGUGAAGUGUGUGGAAGGGCGUUUUCGUUAUCAAGAAACUUAAAGAGACACAUGGAGAUACAUACUUAAGAAUGUGAAGUGUUUGGGAUUGCAUUCACUGAAUUACAUGCUUUAUGGAGUCACAUGAGGAGACAUACAGGUGGUUAACCUUAUAAAGGUGGUGAAUGUGGGAAAUCAUUUAGGCAUUUAAAUAACUUACAGAAACACAUGAUGACACAUGUACACGAUAAACCUCAUCACUGUACUAUGUGUGAGAAGGCAUCAAACCAAAAAAUAACUUGCAUAGACAACAUAUGUAUACAUAUUGGUGAUAAACUUUGAAUGUGAAGUGUGUGUGAAGUCAUUAUUCGUUUAUGUGACAUUUUAGAAACAUAUAAGAAUACACAGAAUCUUUGCAUGUGGGAACGCAUUGUGAAGAUUAGGUCACAUAAUGGUACACAUUAUGAUACUUAUGUUUGAUAAACCUUAAAGGUAUGAUGUGUUUGAAAAAUCAUUUGAACAAUUACGUGAGUAGUUAGAGAGACACACGAGGAGAAAUACAGGCAAUAAACCUUACAAAUGUGAAAUGUAUGUAAAAAGGAUUCCGCUUUUUCCUGUAACUUGCAGAUUCACAAGAGGACAUAUACAGCAGUUAAACUUUAUAAAUCGAUGUGAAUGGUCAGGCUUCCACUGCAUCGUACGCAUGUAACUUUAUUAAGAACGCAUGAAGACAAAUAAGAUGAUAAACCUGCACAAAGGAUUUCACCUCGUCGAGUAUUUUACAAAGACUGAAGAAGGCAGAUGCAAGUUGUACACUUUUAGUUGUGAUAUGUAUGGAUAAUAAUGUAACGUGAAAGUUCUAGUAUGAUUGAAAGAUACUUAAAAAUUUGAAAGCCUAAUAAUUGUAAUAAUACAAUCGUCACCUGAUCAUACUGACAACAAAGUAGUUUUUGACUAUAAUAGCUAUGCAUUAAUUCACACAGAUGUCACGUUAUAAUACAUGUAUCUUUAAUUAGAGUGAUUUACCACACCCAUCAAUGGUUUCUUGAAAGCUGUAAUCUAAAAUUUAUAUCUUGUAUUAUGCUCGUAACUUUUAACCCUAAAACUUUGUCUGGAGGAGCUGUGUUGUGUUUAAUAUUCGUUACAUGGGUUUAG